AUGCAGGGCUUCAACAUGGGCCGCUACGUUCCGCCAGACGUAGAAGGCACCACAUCCGGCAACCGUCUUCACAACAAGCACCCCCUUGGCGCACGCGCCUCGAAACCCGGCUCCCUCACCGUCCGCUUCGAGCUUCCCUACGCCGUCUGGUGCAACACCUGUCCCAAGCCCACGAUAAUCGGCCAAGGCGUUCGCUUCAACGCAGCGAAGCGCCGUGUGGGGAGCUAUUUCUCAACGCCGAUUUGGAGUUUCAAGUUUCGUCAUGCGGAUUGCGGAGGCGAGAUUGAGAUUCGCACGGAUCCCAAGAACACGGCGUAUGUUGUCACGGAGGGCGGUGCGAAACGGGAUACAGGGGAAGAUGUACAGCGCGAAGGAGACGCGGUGAUCAUGACGGAUCAGGAGAGGGAGGCGUUAAGAAAGAAUGCAUUCUCUAGUUUGGAAAAGACUAUUGAGGAUAGGGAGCAGCUGAAGCGUGCGACACUACGGAUAGACGAUCUCAUGGAGGCGUCUGCGAAACAUUGGGAUGAUCCAUAUACGCAGAAUCAGAAGCUACGGAAGGCAUUUAGAGCAGGGCGCAAAGAGCGAGAGCGCAACGCUGCGGCUACCGAGGCUCUUCAAGAUCGCAUGAGUCUUGGCAUAGACAUUGUUCCCGGGACAGAGGAAGAUGCUCGCCGUGCGGCUCUUGUCGACUUUGGGCCUGUGGUUGAUGAUGGAAGAGAUCGGGCAUUGUCUAAACCCUUAUUUCAAUCCGAAGGGAGCAAGACAACAUUGGACCCGAAAGGUGUAAGCAAGUUAAAGGCUGACAAGCAGGCUUCAAAACGUAAAGACGCGUUGGUGUCGGAACUUAUGGGCAACACUCGGGCUUCCAAGGAUCCUUUCCUGAUCGAUAAACGAAUCGAUAAACGACAUGGGACGAAAGGACCGGCCAGACUGCCAGGCGUGAAGCGGAAGAGAUCACCACAAGAAGAGGAGUCGCGGAGCUUGGAGCCACCACCCAAGGCGCAGGUGCCCGCUUCGCCAGCAGGCCUGGUUGACUACGACUCAGAUUAA